AAGAGACACAAUCGCACCCCUGAAAUCUGCCCUAAAGACACCAACUCUGUUCAUAGAUCGCAAAACGCGAAUAAAACUAAGGAAACUAAAAAGGAGAUUUUAUUUAUACAAAGAAUUUAAUGCAUUACACCUGAUACACGAAAUAUUUAAAAAUUUAGAUGAGAGACAUAAAAUGAAAGCACAAGUCGAGGAAAAUAAAGCCCUAGAGGGCACCUCUAAAACCCAGGAACUCUGCAAAAUCUUGCAAAAACGGAUGAAGAAGGGUGAAGAAAACAAUAUCAGUCAUUUAGAACACGAAGAUAUAAUUUAUGAUGAUCCCCAGAUCAUUAGUGAACUCCUGAGUGAGUGGUUCUCCAAUAACACCAAAGCACAUCCGUCCCCAAUUCUCGACAUAACCUGCAAAAAUAACUACAAGUUAGGUGAAAUAAACUUUAAUAUACAAAAUAUAGCAUCGGCGGUAAGGACAUUAAAAGCUAACAGUAGUUGUGGGAUAGACGAUAUACCAUCCGUCAUAUACAAAAACGGUGGUACGGAUAUGAUUGUAUUAUUACUUAGAAUAUUUAAUAUCUCACUAGUGACCGAAACCUACCCUGAAACUUGGAAAAACACAUAUAUAUUACCUAAGCAUAAAGGAGGGGCCAAAACUAGUGCAUGUAAUUAUAGGCCUAUCAAUAUAACACCAGUCAUAUCAAGGAUCAUGGAGAAAGUAAUCAAAGACCAAAUGUCAGACUACUUUCUAAAACAUAAACUCAUCAACCUGUCACAACACGGAUUCCUCAAGAAAAGAUCUUGCGUCACUUGCCAUAUAGACUUUUUCAACGAAGUCACCUAUAGAAGAGAUAGGAGAGAGCUAGUGAUUAUCCUCUAUUUCGAUAUAAGGAAAGCCUUCGACAGAGUCCCACAUAGUCUGUUAGUCGGUAGGCUAUGCUCACUAGGGAUACGCAACCCCCUCUACAAUUGGAUAAAAUCAUUUCUGUAUGACAGGAAUCAGACAACUAAAGUUGGCUCAAUGACCUCCAGACCUAGACCAAUCAGCAGUGGUGUCAUCCAGGGGAGUGUAUUGGGACCCCUUCUUUUCAUUAUAUACAUAAACAGUAUAUGUGAAUGUUUUAGUAUAGGCAAGCCAAUACUGUAUGCAGAUGACUUGAAGGUGACAUAUACCUGCACAAAUACAGAUAUCGGCCCAACUAUGAACUCCAUACAUGAAGAAUUAGCAAAAAUGGAUAGAUGGUGUGACACGUGGAGACUUGAGUUUAAUGUUGAAAAGUGUGGAUGGCUCUGCAUAGGCUGUUCCAACCUUGACCUCAACCUAGCAAUUCAGGGCCACAAAAUCCCCAGACUCAAAUCUGUACUAGACCUAGGACUGAAAUAUUCACACAAUCUAUCAUUUUCAGAGCAUAUCUCGAAUCAAGUGUCGAAAUCACGAAGGCUUAUUGGUUUCCUACUCAGGAACUUCUACAGAAACGAGUCCAGAAUACUACUGUACAAGGUAUGUGUGCGCCCACUCCUAGAUUACUGCUCAUUCAUAUUCAGCAGUACACGCAUAGAAGACAAACUGAAAGUAGAAGGAGUACAGAGGUACUUCACGCGAAAAGUACUCGGAACCGAUAACGGCACAAACUACUCUACCAGAUGUGAAAUCCUGGGACUAGAAACAUUAUGGUUAAGGCGACUGCGACUAAAUCUGUUACUCUUCUAUAAGCUUCUUAACCAAAUAGUGUAUACCCCUGCUAACUAUACUCGGUCCUCAGGUAACACAGGAUACAACCUUAGGCACACUAAAGGUACAGUGGCUAUAGAACCAUGUAAAACAGCCACCAGGCAAAAGUUUUUCUUGAUUAGGUAUGCCCAAAUAUGGAACAAACUACCUGAGAAAAUACGACUAGCAAGCACAUUGGCCUCCUUUGAAAAGGCACUUAAUGACACACUAAGUGAGUUUGUAAUUGAUACCAAUGGUAAUUCCCAUGUAAGAGUUUCAGAAAUCAUAGGCCCAUUUAAUGUAUGAACUCAGAGACUACACCUGUUGUUUGUUUUGUCUCUAUUUAUAAUUCCAGACAAAAAAGCAGCAGUCAUGACAAUAACACCCAUUCAACCAAGAGUCGAUCAAACUAUGUCUACCUGAUACAAAGGGCGAACCAUAAUCAACAUACGAAUGAAAUAUGAGAAAACAAGGUAGAAACUUACCGCAACACCACAUGAAAAGAUAAAAGUUACUUGGAUAUCAUUUAUAAUCCACCAACUGGUCUCCUACCCAAAAAGAAUGCGGCGAUGUUUUAUCCAAAAAGGCGAGGAAAUACAUAAACCCACAGCAGCUGUUGUUAACACUCAGUGGGGGUAGGAGCCAACAAAGUAAUCCUUUCAAAGCACAUGUAUACUUCAAAUGGGCACGGAGACUUUGUAGAAUACGUCAUAAUCCAAAUCACUGCCUCUACAGCGCCAAUAAACCUGGAUAUCUAUGAUAUAACGAAAACAUGCUGAAAGCUGCAUCUCAGAUCAAGUUGACUCAUUCCAUGGUAAUGAUCUCCUCCUGCGUGCCUUAUUCGACAUAUUGAAUGGAAUGGUUCGCAGUUAUUCUGGUACUAGAUCGAAAAGAAUAAAAAAUUCACCGGUUGCUGAAUCAAAAGUACUUCUCUGCAUGUUUAACUGUAUUCUAACUGCUAUGAUUAAUUCCAAACCAUUUAUCCCAUAAUCACUCAAAUUCCAGGAACGAUCCAAUUCUACCAUUUAAAGAAGCUGGCGGACACGAUGUAAAUGAGUAUUCAUGAUCUGAAAUAAAGAAGCAACUGGUUUUCAACAUUUUACUCAACUUACGAGUACAGUCCGCCAUGCAGACACAA